CCGCAGGAAGGACGGGAGGCUUGGAGCUUGCCUGCCGGGGACCGAGCUGCUGCCGGUGCUCGAAGCGAUGAAGCUGGUGACGGGGGUGGAUUUGGAGACGGAGGUGGAGCUGUCGCCGAUCGCCAAGGCCGAGGAAGCGGCCGUGUUUAGCCCCUACUCCAGUCCGAGCACCGCCUUAUUGCUGCAGAGGAGAGUCGUGUCGUGGUCCACGGAGACCGGGUCUCCGGCGACGGUCCGCGUGCGCCUCGGCGACAGAAGCUUCGACCUGCACAAGGACCCUCUGGUGUCCAAGUGCAAGUACUUCAGCGAGGCGUCGCUCCAGUCCGGCGGCGACGUCGUCGAGCUGCCGGCCAGCUCCCCGGGGGUCCGCGAGGCGUUCGAGGCGGUCGCGCUCUUCUGCUACGGCGACGCCGUGGCGCUGGACCCCUUCAACGUCGCGGCGGUGCGGUGCGCGGCGGAGCUCCUGGGCGUGGGCGGCCUCGGCGCGCGCUGCGACCUGUACAUCAGCCAGGUGGUGCUGCAGAGCUGGGACGACGCGCUCAUCGUGCUGCAGCGCUGCCUGCCCCUGCUCCCCGCCGCCGAGGAGCUCCUCGUCGUCAGCCGCUGCGUCGAGGCGCUGGCGUUCAUGGCGUGCAUGGAGAUCCUCGACCCGGAGCAGCGGCGGAACCAGCUGCCCGGCGCCGGCGGCGCGGCCUCGCGCGCGCUGGUCGGCCGCCGCUGGGACGCCGAGCUCGUCAAGGAGCUCGCCGCGCGCGACCUCUGGGUCAAGGACCUGCUCGCGCUCCCGUUCCAGUUCUUCGACCGGAUCGUGCGGGCGCUGCGGCGCCAGGGCAUGAAGGAGAAGUACGUCGGCCCCGUCGUCCUCUUCUACGCCAACAAGUGGGUGCUCUCCAAGAAGACGCACAGGUUCUGGGCGACCACGGACGACGAGGCCAUCGACGGCGAGACCGACGCCAACAGGAGGGCCGCCGCGAUCCUGGAGGGCGUGGUCGGGCUGCUCCCGGCCGAGUCGCCGGCAGUGGCUGCGAACGGCGCCAUCCCCGUGGCGUUCUACUUCGCCCUGCUGUCGCGGUCGCUCACCCUGGAGCUGAGCGACGAAAGCCGGACAAAACUGCGAGGACAUGUUGCGUCGAAUUUGCGGUUCGCUCGCGUGGACGACCUGCCGCUGCCGGAGGAAGAAGCCGACGGCCGGUCCAUCGCAGAUAGCAGGGAGGUGAGGGCAAUGGAGAGCAUCGUGUCAAACCAUGCCUCCGUCCAAAGGAAAGGCGUGGAGGCCGUCUCCGAGCUGUGGGAUCGGUACCUCCUGCAGUUUGCUGGCGAUCCCAAGCUCCGGCCGGAAAGGCUAGCAGAGCUGAUCGGAGCCAUUCCGGCAAGCGACCGGAAGACGCACGACCACUUGUACGAAGCAAUCAACACAUAUUUAGUGGAGCACCGGGGUCUGUCCGGGGAGGAGAAGGCGACGCUGUGCGGCCACCUGGAUUGCCGGAAGCUGUCGCACGAGGCGUGCGUCCAGGCCGUGCAGAACGAGCGGAUGCCGCUCCGGCUGAUCGUGCAGGCGCUGUUCGUGCAGCAGAUGCACACGCACCGCGCCUUCACGGAGUGCUCCGACUCGUUCCGGUGCACGCGCUCAGGGGAACUCGUCCCGGGCGCCGGCGGGUACACGCCGAGCCCCGGGUGCCCCGCCAUCCCCACCAGCCAGCCCCUCAGCGGCAGCAGCCCGUACGACAGCCACCACCACGCCCCGCGCGACGCCAAGCUCCGCGCCCGGGACGACGCUUCGUCGGACUACGAGACGGCCAGCUUCAGGAUCCAGGCGCUGGAGCAGGAGAUCAUCUCGCUGAAACGGACCCUGCAGCAGCACAACACCCUGAGGGGCUCGGCCUCGGCUCGCGGGGAAGGCAAGGAGCCGAGCUUCAGGGUCGCCGUAGACGCGGGCGCGCCGGCGACCAUCAAGCGUCGAGCCACGGUCUCCGGCAGCUGCAUCGGCUCCAUGCGCUGGGGCUCGCAGCGCCGGUGCGCCAGCAGGAUCCUGCGCGUCUUCGCGAGGCUAGCCGUGUUCGGGAGGGGUAGGUCGAGGGGGAAGCAGAGCAAGUGCAGCGCAUCAACAGAGCAGCAGAAUUGCAUGUAGAACAGUACAAGCACACGUGAGGAGGAAAUUGAAUCAUUUACUCGUGGAAUAGAGAGGGCAGGUGUUACGGUAGAUUUGGGAAGCAUGUAUGUAAGCAGUGGUUUUGUGUGUAAAUAUUCUAGCAAUGUCAAAUAUCUCAAGCGGUAGUUAUUGUCACGUGGUCA